AUGGCGUCCCGCUUGGCUCGAAGCGCUGUCGGCGCGAACCUCCUCAGGCCGACCCUGGCCCGCCGCACUCUGCCCGCCAUCUCGGCGUCGAUCGCCGGUGCUCGCAACGCCUCCAACGUUCCCGCCGAGGACCCCAAGAAGAAGGCCCAGUCCAUCGUCGACGCCCUCCCCGGCAACUCGCUCCUCUCCAAGACCGCAAUCCUCUCCUCGUCCGCCGCCCUCAGCGUCUACGCCAUCAGCAACGAGUACUAUGUCGUCAACGAGGAGACCGUCGUCGCGUUCUGCCUGCUCGCCGUCUGGGGCGGUCUGAUCAAGUACGGAGGCCCGAUGUACAGCGAGUGGGCCCAGGGCCAGGCCGACAAGAUCAAGGGCAUCCUCAACUCCGCCCGUGCCGACCACACCCAGGCCGUCAAGGGACGCAUCGAGGACGUCCAGCAAAUGUCCGGCGUUGUUGACAUCACCAAGUCUCUCUUCGCCGUCUCCAAGGAGACUGCCCAGCUUGAGGCUCAGGCCUACGAGCACCAGCAGAAGACCGCCCUGGCCGCCGAGGCCAAGGCCGUCCUCGACUCCUGGGUCCGCUACGAGGGCCAGGUCAAGGCUCGCCAGCAGAAGGAGCUCGCCGAGACCAUCAUCGCUAAGGUCACCAAGGAGCUCGAGAACCCCAAGGUCCUCCAGCAGAUCCUCCAGCAGAGCAUUGCUGAUGUCGAGAAGAUCGUCUCCUCCAAGGCCCAAUAG